CAUCUAUCACACAUUCAGAUCUGUACCAUUUCCCACCUUAUCUUCAAUCUGAAGGCACCAAGCAGUCAACGUGUGCUUGCCUUUUAAGUGAGGCAACCUGCAAUUUCCUACACAGUGUGUGUCAAAUUCCGCGGCUACAAUGCCUUUCCUUUUCGUUCUGAUUGCCUUGGCUCUCGCGAGUGUGCACGAAGGAUGCGCUGGCCUUUUGCCGGAAGAACCUAAUUCCCGUGACCUUCCUUGUCCCAACGCGGGAGAUAUCCUUCCCUGCGUGUGUGACGUUGACGAGGCCUAUCAGAUGGUCAUGCACUGUACGUACGUGGAGGAAGGAGAGCUGGCUAGGGUCUUCUCAGCGGAUUUCCCCUUCAAGCACUUCAGGGAGAUCGAAAUAAGACAUAGCUACGCCCUGACAAUCCUGCAGGAGGGGGACUUCGGCGAGGUGUCCUUCGAGGAGAUAUUCACCGAUUUCACAGGCCUGACGGAGGUGCAGGAGAGAACCUUCUCCCACAGUUACUCGACAAUGACUACGAUAAAGUUGGACAAUAACCAUAUAUCAAAAUUUCCUUUUGGUGAGAUCCCCUCGUUUCCGUCUCUAAGAGAAUUAUAUCUCUAUGGUAACGACCUCCGCCAGUUUCCGGUGCUGAAGUCUGACUCUCUUGUAACAGUUUCCCUGAGUUUCAACCCAAUAGGCGAGAUACCAAUUAACGGCUUCAAAGACAUCCCGUAUAUCGAAGACUUCUACUUCCAAGGGAACAAUCUGCAGCAUAUCUACACAGGCACCUUUUCCGGCCUUUCGAACCUGCGCAGAAUCGACCUUUUGAAAAACAACCUCAGAAACGUCCAAGAAGGGGCCUUUGAGACAUCCAGCACCUCGUUUCGAGAACUCGUUUUGACGUCGUGUAAUAUUAGCAGCAUUGAACGGCAUGCCAUCACAGGUCUGAAGGGCGGUUCCCUCUGGCUCGAUGGCAACGCCCUGACCAGCCUCGAGGAAGACGUGUUCCGGCCGCUGUUCAACGAGGUGCACUUGAUCUAUCUCGCAGGAAAUCCCCUGAGUUGCAGUUGCGACAUCGCGUGGCUCGUCCAAAAACCCAGCCUCAUGGCCCGUGUUGCAGACGACGCCGCUUGCAGCAAUGGACAGCUGUUGGCAGACCUCGACCCGGCCAUGUUCGACGCCCUCUGCUAAAUCUAGGUCAUUGUAAAGGCUGACCUCGCUCGUAGUCUGUGUCAGGUGAGCUGAUAGUGUCACGAAUAAAAUAUCGGCUGAG